UAUGCACCGCGGAGCGAGCAGAGCAUAGUCCGCUAACCAGCGCUGCAAACGGGAACCAGAGAGAGGACAGCUCCCCCAGCUCACCCACGACCCGCACCAAACCGAACACGGUCCACAACCGAUAACAAUGGCCGACAACGAGAAACUGGACAACCAGCGGCUAAAGAAUUUCAAGAAUAAGGGUCGAGAUUUGGAGACUAUGAGGAGACAGAGGACUGAGGUUGUGGUGGAACUCAGAAAGAACAAAAGGGAUGAGCACCUUCUGAAGAGGAGAAAUGUACCCCAUGAGGACAUCUGUGAGGACUCUGAUCUUGAUGGAGAUUUCAGAUCACACAACACCUCACUUGAAACAAUAGUGCAAAAUGCCACCAGCGAUAACCAGGGGAUCCAGCUGAGUGCCGUUCAGGCUGCAAGGAAAUUGUUGUCCAGCGACCGUAAUCCUCCCAUAGAUGACCUGAUUAAGUCUGGGAUCCUUCCUAUUCUGGUCCACUGCCUGGACAGAGAUGACAACCCGUCUCUCCAGUUUGAGGCUGCCUGGGCUUUAACCAACAUAGCGUCGGGUACCUCAGAGCAGACCCAAGCUGUGGUCCAGUCCAAUGCUGUUCCUCUGUUCUUGAGGCUGCUUCAUUCUCCUCACCAGAAUGUGUGCGAACAGGCCGUUUGGGCUCUGGGCAACAUCAUAGGUGAUGGCCCGCAGUGCAGAGACUAUGUGAUCAGCUUGGGUGUGGUCAAGCCCCUGCUCUCAUUCAUUAGUCCCUCCAUCCCCAUCACCUUCCUCCGCAAUGUCACCUGGGUUAUGGUCAACCUGUGCCGUCACAAGGACCCUCCACCACCGAUGGAGACGAUCCAGGAGAUCCUGCCAGCUCUGUGUGUGCUGAUCCAUCACACAGAUGUCAGUAUCUUGGUGGACACGGUUUGGGCUCUGUCUUACUUAACUGAUGCUGGUAACGAGCAAAUCCAAAUGGUCAUCGACUCUGGCAUUGUCCCUCACCUGGUUCCGCUACUGAGUCACGUGGAGGUCAAAGUUCAGACUGCUGCUCUGAGGGCCGUUGGGAACAUAGUGACUGGCACAGAUGAACAGACGCAAGUGGUGCUCAACUGUGACGCUCUCAGCCACUUCCCAUCACUCCUCACUCACCCGAAAGAGAAAAUCAAUAAGGAGGCAGUGUGGUUCUUGUCCAACAUUACAGCAGGUAACCAGCAACAGGUGCAGGCAGUCAUUGAUGCCAAGUUGGUCCCCAUGAUCAUCCACCUGCUUGACAAGGGUGACUUUGGAACUCAGAAGGAAGCAGCCUGGGCCAUCAGUAACCUGACAAUAAGUGGGAGGAAAGAUCAGGUUGCACAUCUCAUCGAGAAGCAGGUGAUCCCUCCGUUCUGCAACCUGCUCACAGUGAAAGAUGCUCAAGUUGUGCAGGUUGUUCUCGAUGGCCUCAGCAAUAUCCUGAAGAUGGCUGACGAGGAGGCGGAUACGAUCGCUAACCUCAUUGAGGAAUGUGGAGGUUUGGAAAAGGUGGAGAUGCUUCAAAAUCAUGAAAAUGAAGAUAUCUACAAAUUGGCUUAUGAAAUUAUUGAUCAGUACUUUUCGUCUGACGAUAUCGACGAGGACACCAGCCUGGUCCCAGAGACCAUCCAGGGUGGAACUUUCGGCUUCAACCCAGCCAACUUGCCAGCCGAGGGAUUCCAGUUCUAGACGUCAUCUGGGGUAUUCUGGAGUUUUGUUCACGAUGCAGCACUCUGUUCAACAUAAACAAAUUAGGAGAGAAAGAGCGAGAGAGAGCGAGUGUGAGAAAUUCGAUCCAUUGUGCUUGGCUCGUGGGAUCCAUGGC